UUUUGUUCGAACUUUGAUGUAACAUUUCUGUGUAACUAAGUCAAUGCUGAGUAAUUUCGCACGAUGGCUCUGCUUAAUCGAAGGCUUAAAGAUCAUGACAUUGAAACAUUUUCAUUUAUUGAAGAGAAUGAUAAACAUGAUGACCAGUCUGACAAGGAAAUCGACACAAACAAACAGUUUCAACACGGCAUUUUAUUGUGGCUUUCAGAUUCACUUCUGUUGUUUAUUGAACACGUACAGAUUUACGCUGUAUUCCUGGUUAUGUCUGAACAAUGGAGCUGGCCUUUGAGUUGGAUAAAAGGAACAUCUUUUGUUCUUUUGAUCAAUUUAGAUGUAUGGGAAUUCUGGAAAAUAAACAAAGAUAUUUACGACGGUGCAAACAACAGUUACGUACCAUCCUCAGCUAUGUUCAGUUAUGAAGCAUAUCUUUUGGCUUGGACUGUUCUGAUUUGUGCACUUCUCGUUGGGUUCAUCGGAUACUAUAAAUACUUAAAUUAUAAACGUCCCCUUUACCUUUUGCUAUACAUCACGAAACUCAAACAUUUGUUUUCUGCAUUUGCUAAUAUAAUGUGUAUUCCUAUUGGGUUAGUUGCAGUCAGGCUGUUACAGUGCCAUCACAAGACUCUUUCUUCAUCUUUAGCAAGCUUCGAAAAUUCACGAGACGUUUUAGAUAUUGAUAAUGAUGUCUUAUGCUGGAGUAGGUCACAUUUUGUGUUUGGUUUGAAAACACUGGGUUGGUUUUUGCUUAUUAUAGCUCUUUUUCUCUUUCUGGUGUAUCCCAUAUAUUUAUGGCGUGUAAUAAAGGGCGAAGUCUUCACUCAUUCAAGUAUGCAACAUGAGGGAUACCUGCAGCUCAAAGAAGCAGAGUAUUUAAAAGGUUUAGACAUAGUUUGGGCAGUUGAGCAAUUCUUUCUAUUCUCAUCUUAUCGUAGACCUUGGGUGUAUUAUCAGAUAGUAAUGCUCUUUCUACGCUUUAUUGUUGUGAUUGCUUAUGCUUUGUCCUUCAAAUACAAAGUAUACCCAAUAGCAACAGUAGCCAUUGCAUUGUUCCUAUUGGCUUUGCUCAUGAUGGUAGUUAAGCCAUAUAGAGUGAAUGCUUUUAACUCUAUUAAGAUUGUAUCUUUGUUGUGUAACUCAUUGAAUGCUUUGUUAGGAUUUCUUUUAGAAUUAGAGGUUGAAAAUGCAAUUCUUAUUAAUCCCAACAUUGACUAUGCUCUGAUUGUGAUAAACAGCUUUGCCAUACUUGCAUUUGUUGUAUUUUUCUCCUUUUUAAUAUUAUAUCACUAUGGUGUGAUUAAUAAGAAGCAACCACUAUGGCCUGCAUUGUCAAAGGGUGAAAGGUCCCACAAAUUGGACUUUGACACAAAACGAUAUCUCAGUGCUGUCUUGCAAGGCAGACGUGUCCUUGAAAGAGCACUUUCCUUGCCACCAAUAUUUGCACCAGUUCAAGAGUUAGAAAGACAGUUGAUGAUAAUCAAUGCUUAUUGUCGUGAAGCUGAAGUCACUGGAAAUCAAACAUUUGACACUCUUUGGGAUCUUUUAGAUGAACUGAUACAAGCCCAUAACACAUUUUAUUCAAAGUCACUAUUUUCUCUGUCAAAUAAGAAAAGUGUGCAAGACACUGCAAAUGAAUUGAUGAAAAUAAUGCCUGCAUUUCGAAAAAGAAUGGAUAAGCGUGAAUAUGACUUCAUUCUCAUGAAUCCCGUUAAAAGACGUAUUCUGUUAAAGUUGUAUGCACUAGGUCUGUUCCUUAAUGGACGAAGUACUAAAGUCCAAGAAAAUGUGACAAAAAAGUUAAGAUUUGUUACAACAUUAGUUAACCAUAGUAGUAAUGACUUAAAGGAAAGUAAUGUUAUUUUACCAGUGUAUUCAAACAGUGAAAGUACAUCGCUACCAAAUACAGCUGGAACUUUUGACAAGUUGACAAAUAGUAUUGAUGAAUUACUGGAACAGGCAGAUUUUGUAACAAACACCAAUCGUGAUGAAGGCCCGCAAAUAUUGAUUGUCCAACAAGACGAUUCAGAUGUUGAGGAUUUUAUAAAUACAUCGCUACCAGGAGCUGCAGAUGAAAAACCUGUCAUCACUGACGUUAUAUAGACUUAAAUUAUCCUACCUGCAUUAAAAACAUCUUAACGUUUAGUCAAUCUUUAGUGGUUGAGUAAAAUAAAUAACUGGCUAAUUUA